AUGAUUCGGGCUCUGCAUCCACUCAGUGCAUCGCACAACAAGAAGGGUAAAGGUUUGUGGCAAGCCACUUGGGAAGGAGAGAUAACCAGCUCGACGUUUGGGAAACUGAGAGUAAAAGCUUCCAAGAUACAAAAAAAUUCCGAGCUUCUUAGCGUUAUGAUACCUGUUGUAUUAAAGGAAUGGAUAUUAGUAGAACAAAAAACAGUUUGGGAUACUAUCGGAAUAUUUAAGACGACGGAUAUUUCGGUUGUUAAAAUCAUUCCAGUGACCGAAAGCGAUGAGAUGAAAUAUUUCAGCUUCAUAAAAAGAAUGCAAGACAGCAAACAUUUUGUCGAACUUCGGCCUUUGUCAAUGCUAAAUGAGCAACUGUUUUUAAUUUCGAUGCCAAAAGGGAGUUCAAUUCCACAAGUGCUGUCCUCUAUUUCGGAAGCGACUCAGAAUCUUUGCACUAAAAAAUCCGGACUGAUGGUCGGUAUCUUGCUUCGAAAAGGGACAAACAGUAAACCCAUUGUCGGCUCCGCUGCAGCUGUUCAUAAUCCUACCGUUAGCGCAAAAGCUACUAAAGACGUCACAGUUACCGUAAAAGAAAGCUGCCGAAUAACGAAAACACUCAACGACGUUCUUGACAGGUGUCCGUCUUACCAAGAAAUGACUCCUAUGCCAAAAAUUAUGACAACCAAACUCUAUGACUACCAACCGUGGGGACUUUGUUGGCUGUUGUGGCGUGAAACUGAAUCGCCUAAAGGUGAUUGUGGUUGUGAUUUCAAUGCAUCCAAUUACCCUAAUCAAUCAUAUUUUGUAGGAGGAAUUUUAGCAGACGACAUGGGUUUGGGGAAAACACUGAGUAUGAUUUCUUUAAUCGCUUAUCAAAAAGAAAACCAGCCCAUACUGCCUUCUGACUCGGAUAUUCACGAUCCCAAUGGCGGAACGCUCAUCAUAUGCCCGUCUGGUGUUCUUGGGCAGUGGGAGCAAGAGAUUCGGAAACAUUGUGGGUCCCUAAGCGUGGCAGUUUAUCAUGGAGCUUUAAAACAGCGAAAAGAAAUGCAUCUUACUCUACACACAUACGACAUCGUGUUGACUUCAUAUGGGAUUAUUAAAAGUGAACUGUCGGGUGAGGAGAACUCAUUUAGCGUGACAAAUCACAAAACUCAGUCUAUACUGUUUUGCAAACUUAGAACUUCCCGCCGAUGGGCCGUGGCAGGGACGCCAGUUCAAAACAGAGAGUUGGACCUCUACCCCAUUAUACGUUUUCUACGCGUAACGUCUUCCAACAAGCAAGCUAAAUGGGAUCGUUUGGUUGGUGAGGAAUCUGAAGGGUUUGGGAUGAAACGUCUGCAACUCCUAGUUCGAAGCAUACUACUACGGCGCACAAAAAAUCAAAAGAUCACAGGAACAAAGCUUUCUGAGGAGGAACAAACUCUUUACGAUAAACUGCUGUCGCUCUCAAGAAAAGCGUUAAAAAAACAUCUGAAUUGGAAAGAAAACUCAAAAAAGAAGGAUUGGGAUCGUAAGGACCCAAAAGUUACGCAACAGGCCAUCCUAGUGAUGAUAUUACGACUAAGACAGGUCUUCUCGCAUCCGGCUCUGGUUCUAACGAUGUUUGAAGACGCCGAUUCGGAAUUCACGGGUUUUGACGCCGAGAGUUGGAGCGACAAUUACUUCCAUAAACAAAACCCUGUUUUCCGAAGGGAAAAAAUGAGCACAAAACUGAAAUACAUUCUAGAUGAAGUACAGGGGAUUCUUUCGGUCAAAGAGAAAAUUGUGAUCGUCUCUCAAUGGACAGCAAUGCUGGAUCUCAUAGCUAUUCAACUCGAUAAUCUUUCUAUCGCUUAUCAAGUCAUAAACAGAAACAUAUCUGCCAACAAACGCACAGAUAUAGUAGAUGAUUUUAACGGAAACGAAACCGAUUUUGCUACUGUCAUUAUUGGCCGGUGGUACGGGGCUCAAUCUAAUUGGUGGAAGACCAGACAGAACCAUCUCUUCCUUGUAGAUCCCCACUGCAAUCCUCAAUUAGAGGCACAAGCUACAAAUCGGAUCUUUAGAAUCGGCCAGACAAAAAUCGUUUCUGUUCACCGGAUCGUGAUUCAAGAAUCGAUGGAAGAAAAAGUGUUGGCACUGCAGUUAAACAAGAUAGCCACUGCCGACACUAUCAUCACGGGAGCAAUGAAUAACUCCAACGCGAAUUUAAGUCUGGAAGACAUUCAAGACAUGAUCGAAAACACUGAGGAGAGCGAAUAA